AAAAAAAAAAAUCUGAAUUUGUGGCGUCGGGGUCUAUGCAAACUUUCUUCUGUGUGUAUAACGUCUAUAUCUUUUCGCCCUGAGUGAAGCCGUGGCUGCAUAACUACACCGACUCCUCACUCUCUCUCUCUCCCUUUCUCCCCAUCUUCUUCUUCGUAUUUGCAAAGACGGUAUCGGGUGGAAUCCAAUAAGGAUUAUCUGCUUUGAAUAUGCGACGGGGUUUUCAGGUGAAUGCAAAUCUAACACUGGGAAUUUUUUUACUGUGUUAUAUAUUUUAGGGUUUCUCAAUUGACAAACCCUAACACGCCCGAUUCUUCUUGAAGCUUAUCAUGUUCGAAAUUUUUGGUUUUUGAUUGGAUUUUCUGGAAGCAAGUACGAAGUAUAUAAGAGGAGUCGAAGUUGAGAUCGUGCCCAUAGAGAAGAAGAAGAAAACCGAGUAGAGUUUCUGCAAUUAUGCCUCGCAGGAGAGUCGACGAUGACCUCGACCCUGAGGAAGAGGAAGAAGACGAAGAACUUGAAGAUGAAGACUUUGAAGAUGACGGUAGUCAUGCCAAGAAGCGUCGGAGAUCUGAUUUUAUUGAUGAUGCAGCCGUUGAAGAUUCUGAGGAGGACGAAGAAGAGGAUGAAGACGAGGACUUUGAUGCUCGUCGUGGCGGUGGUCGCAAGCGCAGGAAGGCUGGGACCGAGUUCUUCGACAUUGAAGCCGCUGUCGAUGAGGAUGAAGAAGAGGAGGAGGAUGCUGAAGAAGACGAUUUUAUAGUAGAUGGUGGGGCUGACUUACCUGAUGAAGAAGAAGUGAGGAGGAUACAUCGUCGCCCUUUGCCCACGGAGGAGGACCAAGAAGAAGAUUAUGAAGCUCUUGAGAGAAGUAUUCAAGCAAGGUAUGCUAGAUCUAGUCAUACCGAUUAUGAUGAGGAGGCCACAGAUGUUGAACAACAGGCUCUUCUGCCAUCAGUCAAGGAUCCAAAACUUUGGAUGAUAAAGUGUGCGAUUGGUCAUGAGAGAGAGGCCGCUGUCUGCCUGAUGCAGAAGUACAUUGAUAAAGGAUCUGAAUUGCAGAUUAGGUCUGCAAUUGCCCUUGAUCAUCUUAAAAACUACAUAUAUGUGGAAGCAGAGAAAGAAUCCCAUGUUAGAGAGGCUUGCAAGGGUCUGCGCAAUAUAUAUUCACAAAAAGUAAUGCUUGUUCCGAUAAAAGAAAUGACGGAUGUACUCUCAGUUGAAAGCAAAGCUGUAGACCUUUCGAGAGAUACUUGGGUCCGGAUGAAGAUUGGAACAUAUAAAGGAGACCUUGCAAAAGUUGUGGAUGUGGACAAUGUGCGGCAGAGAGUGACAGUGAAGCUAAUACCAAGGAUUGAUUUGCAGGCUCUUGCUAAUAAAUUGGAAGGUAGGGAAGUUGUGAAGAAGAAGGCAUUUGUGCCGCCUCCACGUUUCAUGAAUAUAGAAGAGGCAAGGGAGAUGCAUAUCCGUGUUGAGCGUAGGCGGGAUCCAGUCACUGGUGAUUACUUUGAGAAUAUUGAUGGCCUGAUGUUUAAAGAUGGUUUCCUAUAUAAAACAGUAUCGAUGAAAUCAAUCAGCUCACAAAACAUUCAACCAACUUUUGAUGAACUUGAGAAAUUCCAGAAUUCAGGGGAAGAUGGAGAUGGUGAUAUGAGUAGUUUGUCUACUUUAUUUGCAAACAGAAAGAAAGGCCAUUUCAUGAAGGGUGACGCAGUUAUUGUGGUGAAGGGAGAUUUGAAAAAUUUGAUGGGUUUUGUGGAGAAAGUAGAUGAAGAAAAUAUUCAUAUUAGACCGAAAAUGAAGGGCUUGCCGAAAACUCUUGCUGUAAAUGAGAAAGAACUUUGCAAGUACUUCAAACCAGGGGAUCAUGUAAAAGUUGUUUCUGGUGCUCAGGAAGGUGCAACUGGCAUGGUUGUUAAGGUUGACGGCCAUGUCCUUUACAUCGUUUCUGAUACAACCAAGGAAGAUAUCCGUGUAUUUGCGGACAAUGUUGUGGAGAGUUCUGAAGUAACUGCUGGUGUUACCAAAAUUGGGGACUAUGAAUUGCAUGAUCUUGUGCUGCUUGAUAAUAGCUUUGGUGUAAUUAUUCGUGUAGAAAGUGAAGCUUUCCAGGUUCUCAAGGGCAUUCCAGAUAGACCUGAGGUUGUUCUUGUUAAGUUAAGAGAGAUUAAAAGCAAAAUUGAGAGGAAAUCUAAUGCUCAAGAUCGCUCUAAGAACACCGUGUCUGUGAAAGAUGUUGUAAAGAUUGUGGAGGGUCCUUGCAAAGGAAAGCAAGGUCCUGUGGAACACAUAUAUAGAGGAAUUUUGUUCAUUUAUGAUCGCCAUCACCUUGAGCAUGCUGGUUAUAUUUGUACCAAGUCUCAGUCUUGUGUAGUUGUUGGUGGGUCUCGUGCUACUGGUGAUAAAAAUGGUGAUUACUUGGCAAGAUUUUCUGGUCUCAGAGCCUCACCUCAUGUCACCCAGUCCCCAAGAAGACCACCUAGAGGACCUCCAGUUGACUCUGGAGGAAGACACAGAGGUGGAAGAGGGCAUGAUUCUUUGGUUGGUAGUACUAUAAAAAUUCGACUGGGCCCCUUCAAGGGAUACCGUGGGCGUGUUGUUGAUGUCAAGGGUCAAUCAGUCCGGAUUGAGUUGGACUCCCAAAUGAAGGUUGUCACAGUUAACCGUAAUCAGAUUUCUGAUGCUGCAACUGUUGCAACCCCCUUCCGUGAAACAUCUAGGUAUGGCAUGGGAAGUGAGACACCUAUGCAUCCAUCACGAACUCCACUACAUCCAUAUAUGACUCCCAUGAGAGACCCAGGAGCAACGCCGAUUCAUGAUGGCAUGCGAACGCCCAUGAGGGAUCGAGCUUGGAAUCCUUAUGCACCAAUGAGUCCAGCAAGGGAUAAUUGGGAGGAUGGAAAUCCUGCUUCCUGGGGGACCAGUCCACAGUAUCAGCCAGGAAGUCCCCCUCGUCGGCCGUAUGAAGCACCAACUCCUGGUUCAGGUUGGGCUAACACCCCUGGUGGUAAUUAUAGUGAAGCUGGAACACCAAGGGAAAGCAGCCCAGCAUAUGCAAGUGCUCCAAGCCCUUAUUUGCCCUCAACUCCUGGUGGGCAGCCAAUGACUCCAAGUUCUGCAUCAUACCUACCUGGCACUCCUGGAGGGCAACCAAUGACUCCUGGAAGUGGUGGUCUGGAUAUUAUGUCUCCAAUAGGUCUGAGUUCUAUCCCUUUAAUUUUUCUCUGCUGAAAAUUGGAUUAAAUUUAUGAUUCUAAAUAAAAUUAUGAUUUUCUUGACUAUUACCUUUCGACCCUUUCGGGAAAGGUAGAAGGAAACUAAUAAAAUGAAAAAAUCCACUGAAGCCUGGUUAUGCUUUAGGUUGGCUCAAUUCAAAUUGAGUUUGCCUGAUAAUUCUCUAGAUUACUCCCAGCACCAGGACUUCUCAUGCCGAUGCAGGGCUUAGAUCUUAUCUACACCCUAGCCAUAAGGUUGUUAUAUAAGGAUUUUGUAACAUAUUUUUUAUUGGAUCAUAUCCCAUCAUAUAGUGUUCUUGUCGUCUAUAUCUUUAGCUGUUUGUAUAUUUCUCUUGCUCCAAUUUGGGUUGUACAUUUCUCUUGCUCCAAUUUGGGGUUGAACAUUUCUCUGUUUUGAUGAAAUUGAUGUUUAUUCAUCACCCUCCCACACCACCCCCACCCCC